AUAUAUAUUCAUAGAUAGGAAAUAGAUGGCUGCGUGCGGAUGCAAAGCACAAACCCUAGGCUUGAGAUUUAAGGCUAAUUUAGUUUAGAUUCUCUUCCUCUUACCUUGUCUUUCCGUUUCUCUUUGGCUGAUCUGAUCAUUCACAUCCAUUCCUGGAAGUUGCUAGCAGAGCUAGACCAAGCUCAUCCGAUCCCCUUCUCUCUGUCUUCAGUAGGUGAUUACUACAUGUUCAUCCAGAGUUUAAAAUUCAGGAAACUGCGUGAAAUUGCGAGGUCUUAUGUAGCUUAGAAAUAUCAGUGAAUCAAGAGCAACUUUAGAACUUUAAUCCAGGAAUUGCUAUUGAUUUAGGAUAGAGAGAAGGAUUAUAAGUUCAGCAAAUCUGGAAGUCAUGCCUGUAUCAGGCAAUGAAGAGACUGGGCUUAAACCCAUUUCCCGACAGUCUAGCGAUUACAUUGCAGGUGUUCCCAUGAAGAAGAGGAGGUUCCCAUUGUUCUGUUCUCCUUCACCUCCACUUGCACCAACUUUGAUUCCAGCAGGUUCAUUAAAGAAGGAACAAUCGGAUUCCUUAUCGGAGGAACAUUCUGAUUCUGUACAGAAGGAACAAUCCGAGUACAUUGCAGGUGUUCCCAUAAAGAAGAGGAAGUUCCCAUUGUUCUGUUCUCCUGCUCCUCCACUUGAACCUACUUUGAUUCCUGCACUUCCAUUAAACAAGGAACAAUCCGAUUCCCUAUCAGAGGAACAUUCUGGUUUGCUACAGAAGGAGCAAUCCAACUCCCCGUCAAAGGAACAUUCUGAUUUGCUACAGAAGGAACAAUCUGACUCCCCAUCAAAGGAACAUACUGAUUUGCUACAGAAGGAACUAUCCGACUCCCCAUCAAAGGAACAUUCUGAUUUGCUAUAUAAGGAACAAUCUGAUUUAUUACGGAAGGAACAAUCUAGUUUACUUCAGAAGGAUCACUCUAGCCCACCUCAGGGGUCUGCCAUGUCAAAUGCUAGUGUUGCAACAAGUUCUUCAGGUAUAUCUGAUACAAACAAGAAACCCAUAUCUGAGGAAUCUAAAGGAAAUGUUGAUGUUUUUAAUGUUGCUUUGGCCCAAAGCAAUCCUAAAUGCUCUAGAGUUGAACAUGAGAAAGCAAGCAUAAGAAGUCACCCUGAUUCUUUGGAUAAAAUGGGCAGCGAAAACAAGCUUAUGGUGGCUGAAAAAUCUGCUUGUCCAAUAACAGUUGGAAAAUUGAAUUUGCAGUUAGCACCAGAUGAAGCUCUUGCACUUAAUAUGGGGAAAGAGGUACAUAGCAAAGAAAAAUUUGAAGGGAAGUGUAAAGCAGAAAUUCCUACCGUUGCAGGGAAUACUGAAUUGACAUUAGGUGUAAAGGAACAUUUUUUUCCAGCAUUGGCAGUUCAAAACGGUGAUGGAAGAGGCCAAAAUCAGGGUACUUCAGAGGCUGGUUCGCUGAAUUUGUCUUUGAGCAAGGGAAGUAGCAGUAGCCAGUGCAGCAAAAAUGAUGUUGAAUUCAAUAAUGGGGUACAGCAGAGUGCUAAUAGGGCAAACUGGGAUCUGAAUACUACAAUGGAUGCAUGGGAAAGAUUUGCCAGUGAUGCAGCAUCAGGUCAAGCAUCUAUCGAUGGGUUCAAUGCAACUGAUCGUGUACAUGAUAGAAAACCUCUGAUAUGCACAACUGGGAUGAUUGGAAUUGCUGCUUCUUCAGAACAGCAUAGCCAUGUAGAGAGUGAGAACAGAGCUAAUCUUACCUUAUCAUCCAGACUGCCUGGCCGACAAAAUAAAGUAGUUGACUCUCUUCAGUUAGGUCUUAGUCCAUCCUCCCUUCGGUCACAAGUGAGCCAGGAACCUUCCAGCUUAUCUACCAAAGAAACUUUUGGCAGGUUAUUUCCUAGUAUGAGCUUGCCAGGAUCGAUGGCUUCAACUGGAAAUUUGAGCACGGUUAGUCAUAGGACUGUGAAAUCGGAACCAUUUGAUGAUAGCAGCAAAUUAGAUAACUUGGGAACGAAAGCCAAAAAUAUGGGAUUGCUAAAUAAUAGUAGAACACUAAAGCAUGAAUUAGUUGAUGGCAGUCUUACCAAGUCUUCAAAUAUCAGCACUCUGAAAGUAGCUGGUCCUGCUGCCAUUAAAACUGAACCAGUUCGUGAGGGUAGUCAACAAGCCCUUGAUACAGUGAAGGGGACAUCACAGGUAGGCACAUCACAAGUAGGCAAACAGGUCAAUCAGGGUUUGAGUAAUAAUUCUUUUGCUGUUGCAAUGCCUGCACAGAUGUCUUUCCCUACAGUUGAACCUUCUUGUUCAACAGGGUUGACUAUAGCCAGUGAUGUAACAAACCAUUUAGAACAUUCUGAUUUCACUGAAGGGAGCUAUCUUAAUGGGGAGGUGCUGCCUCAGGAAGCAUGUGAAAGUGCUAUGCUGGUUGCUUCAGAAACAGUUGCUAUCUCUGUGUGUCAUAAUGAUAAAGAAUCGAGUACUUCUGUGAUGAUAGCUAAUGUAAGAGCUGAAGAUGGAAAUGCUGAUGAUCCUGAACAGUGCAGAUUAAAACACAUGAAUGACCACCUCCCUGAUAUGCGUGGAGGUGAAGAUUCUGCAAGUGAUGAGGAGAAAAUCAACAUAUCAGCUGAUAUAUUAGAAGAAGAUUCUUAUAGUUCUGAUUAUGAGUCGGAUGGUAACCAUCAUUUAGCAAGGGCUCUGGAUACAGAAAAAGAUUGUGAAGAAGACGAUUACGAAGAUGGUGAGGUCCGAGAACCUCUAGUGCAUAAUGUAGUAGAGGAGCCCAUAUGUGAGAAAGAAGUAAUUGAACCUGUUGAUCAUGGUGACUCUGAUGAUAGAAAGAUGGACAUUGUGGGACAGUAUGUUGAUUGUGACCCCACUUCAUCCCAUGAUGGAGAUGGAUUGAAGAGGCCAAUUAGGGAUAUACAAAGAAACCCAUUUGAUCAAUCAGGUGGUAAAGAUUGCUUAAAGGAACAGGAGACAGAAUUAACGUCUGAGCAAACCACUAAGGGAAACCAAGAAGCAGUUGCCACUGUUACUCAGGAGUUAGAGGAGGAUGUUAAAAAAAUUGACUUGCUGGAAAAUACUGAUACGCGUUUGCCAAAUAUGGAAGCAUCUGCAAAUGGUGAUGAUGCAGCUAAGGAUGCCAACGGUGGUGGUAAUCGGAGCCGCAUUAUAAAUUUGUCUCGAGCUUCUCAUGCAUCAUCCCCUGGCAAAACAGGACCUAUUUCUGCUAGGUCAUUGCCAACACAAGCUGGGAGUGAAAGAUUACCUGAUGUAGCACUUGAGGGAGAAAAAUUACAUCCCCGAGGGAGAGAUGAGUCAUACAUCGAUGGUUCUGGCAAAUUUUCACGAGAGAGGCACCAAGAUCUCUCGCCCAGAAAUUCUAGAUUAAAUUUUGGGCGUGGCAGAGGGAGGAUUCCUAGUCGGUUAGAUGCUUUACAUGGUGAUUGGGACUCAGACCGUGACUUCACUUCAGAAUUUUAUAAUGUUCCAACAGAGUUUCGUGUCUCCAGACAUAAAUAUGCAUCUGCUGUCGCCAAUGCUGACCUGGAAUAUAAUAGUUAUAAUAUUCCACCUGAUGGUGCAUUUUUUUGCACUGGUCGGGGAGGGAGGAAGCGUUUAAAUGAGGAGAGAGCUAUUUUUCGCCAUAUGCCCUCAAGAAGACGGUCUCCGGGAGGGAGAGAUAGCCCUGCUGCACGUGGUGGUGGUCAAAUGAUUCGCAGAGUUCCUAGAAAUGUGAGCCCAGGUAGAUGUGUCGAUGAAGAUAGUUCUGAAGUGGUUGGACUGAGGCAUAGCGAGAAGCUCAUGAGAGUCUUUCAUGAUGAUGCUAUGGAACCCAUGUUCACACGAUCUCAACCUGCAUAUGAGGGAGUAGGUGGACAUUUUGCCCGAGGUGGUAGGAACUUUUCUUCUGUUCAGAGAAGGGGUCUUCCCCGACUUCAUUCAAAAUCUCCAAUAAGAUCCAGAUCUCGUUCUCCUGUCCCAUGGCCAUCUCCUAGGAGAAGAUCCCAAGAUGGUUUUGAUGGACAUCCAGAAAUGACUCAUCGAAGAUCUCCAAUAUACCGGAUGGAGAGGGUGAGAUCUCCAGAUCACCCUUCUUAUCAAAAAAGAAAAAAGAAGAGGUCCCCAGAUCACCCUUGUUUCCCUGCAGACCUGAUGGCUAGAAGGCAUGGCUCCCCGCCGUAUUUGUCACGAUCAUCUAAUGAUUUGAGGGAUUUGGAUUCUGGACGCAACCAUGGUCAUCCAAGAUCUGUAAUUCCCAAUAGGAGCCAAUCUGGCCGGAUUUUACUUAGAAACAGACGAUUUGACGUUAUGGAUCCCGAGAAAGAACAGACAGUGAUGAGUACUUUGGGGGGUCAUGAAUACCGGUAGACUGCAUGAGCUUGGUGGUGAUGCAAAUGGUGAUGAGAGAAGAAGGUUUGGUGAGAGACGUGGACCUGCUCGUUCAUUUAGGCCUCCUUACAGUGAUGCCGAUGGUGAGGGUUUACAGCUUAAUUCAGAGGAUGGCCCUAGGCCUUUUAGGUUCUGUCCAGAAGACGAAUUAGAGUUCCGUCAAAGAGGCAAUUUAAGGGACAGGGAGUUUGACCGGAGAAUUAAGUACCGGCCAGGAAAUGCACCUAGAAGAACAAGAAGCAUUGAAGAGCAGGAAGCAAAUUACAGGCGAGGCGGGGGGCAGGUUUGGCAUGAUGAUGGGUUUGAUGAGAUUUCCCGAGUGAAGAGAAAAAGAUUUUGAUUUUGAUUUUGAUUCUCUGCUAUGAUUUUGUUCUCGGUAAUUUACAGCCUUAUCGGGGACAUUUUACUAGCUCAAAGCACACAGGAAGGUUCUACUCUUUUUGCAGUUUUAGUGGAUGUUUGGAUGAUGGGAGUUCUUGAAAAUUUCAUGAAUACCAGUGCAAAUUAUUUGAGACAAGUUUUUAUCAGAAUCUCGCAAAAGAGGUGGAACCCAUUGAGAAUAUGAUUGAAAAUAUAUGUUAAAGGAUGGCCAAGUUUUUGACAG